AUGCUAAUCUAUCGGAAGUCAUUAACAGUGCGGCAUGAAAUUACACGUCCUACUGCAGCAGUACUGUUUAUGUUAAUUAUGGCAUUAGCAGUGACUGAUGUUUCAUGGGCCAGGAAGCAAAAACGAAAGCCUUGCAAACGAAUGGCCUUCAAUAGACACACAACAAAUUAUCGCUCCUGGCGGGAACAGAUGACCGUUUGUGAAUUACUUGAUAACUAUGACCCUACCGUGCGACCUUCCGGAAGAAUGCCCACUAAUGACCAAAAGGGACCAGUAAUUGUGUGGACGAGUUUAGAAAUCCGUUCUAUUAGCGCAAUUAGCGAACGAAAUAUGGAAUUUGUUGCACAAUUUCGCUUCCAACAAGAAUGGUUUGAUGAUCGACUCCGGUUCACAGAUCAUAGUGAUUUCCGUAACUUCGACUUUAUUCAUGUUGCUCGUGAUCAAGUACUUUGGACUCCAGAUACGUUCUUCCAAAAUGAGCGAAACGGAUGGUACCAUAUGUUGGAUCAGGAGAACAAAUUUAUCAAAUUGCGCUCCGACGGGAAAGUCAUUUAUAAUCGCAGGUUAACGCUAAUACUGGCAUGUCAAAUGAACCUGGUUCGAUAUCCCAUGGAUGUUCAAGAGUGCCUUAUCGAUUUUGCUAGUUAUGCUUAUACAUCAAAUGACAUUGUCUACAAAUGGGAUCGUGCAGCAAUAAAAAUUGAUAAGGAUGCUAAUAAUGCUUUACCGAAUUUCCGAAUCAGUGCCUUUGAAAAUAAAUCCUGUGAUAGCACUACUAAUACAGGGACAUACAGUUGUCUUCGGGUGGAGCUUAGGCUCAGUCGUGUUUUCUCAUUCUUUCUUCUACAACUUUAUAUUCCAUCAGCAAUGUUGGUUGGAGUAUCUUGGGUAUCAUACUGGAUUGAUUGGAAAAGCACCGCUGCGCGCGUACCACUUGCAAUUGUCACCUUGCUGACCAUGAUCACCCAAUCACAUGCAAUUAAUUCGAAUCUACCUCCCGUGAGUUACACGAAGGCCAUUGAUAUAUGGAUCGGAGCUUGUGUCGUGUUUAUAUUUGCAUCAUUGAUCGAAUAUGCAGUUGUGAAUUAUGUGGGAAUUUUCGAUGAACAUCGAGAAGUACGAACGGUGACAUCCAAUCAAACACGUCUCACUAAUGUUAUCGAAAAUGGCCUUUUGUUCAGCCCCGUCGAAUGUGUUACUACUUCAUCGACAUCCUGUUUAAACAGCCCCGAAAAGAAGAGCUUAUUACGACACAGGCAAAAGCAAAAUUUUGAAGAAAAGAAACAUGAAUUGAUCAACUUCAAUUCAUCAUAUAUAAUGCACAAUCCGGAUCCUAUUUGGACAUUUCAGGACGUAUCAGAUUUAAUAUACAUUGGACAAAGGAAACGCGUUGAAUUUGUACGAUGGUGCACUUUAUUAUCAUCACGUGAACGAGCAGAAAGAAUCGAUAUAAUGGCCAGGCUAAUUUGUCCUGUAGCAUUUAUCCUGUUCAACUUUGCAUACUGGAGCAUAUAUUUGGGUGAAAUGGAGGAGUGAAGAAGAUCGUUGAGAAAAGUUGUGAUUCUACAUUAUGAUGACAGGGACAUGUUGCGCCAUCAAACGGAGUGUCGACAGCAAUAUGCGUUUGAGCAACAUCGAUUGCAAUGUUUGUUUGCAGUGAACCGAUGCAUCAAUAUCUGAUCACUUUUAGACAGGGA